GCUCCAUAAAACCCCGAAGCCGCAGAUUCCCUGCAGAGGCGGAAUCCAACCCUUACGUCUUCUUCAACUCCGAGACCGAAACAGCGAGCAUGGAGAGGCGCAGCGGAAGAGCAAGCUUCAACGGCAGCCUCUACCCAAUGACCCACCUCGGUGAGCCCCUCGCCUCCUCGUACCUUGGACACGAAACUCCCCGCGCCACCCACGAUCACCGCAUCGGCCGCCGUGUCGAUGGCACCGAGCUCAACGUCUUCGACGCGGAGCGGUACUUCCGCGAGGGAGACGAUGCGGCCGCCAAACAGACCGGUAGGCAUGAGUUCACGGCCUCCUCCGUCGACGGCUUCGAGCGGAACGGCCACGGCCGGAGUGAUUCGUGCCUGGACACGCCGACCGCGUCCUCCGAGGCUAGCUGGAACAGCAAAUCCGGCCUCCUCUACAAGCCGCAGGAUUCUGCAGCGGUCACCUUGAGAGCGUCCCCCGUAAGAGAUCCGAGGAGGCCGCGGGCCUCCGGCUCCCGCUGGCUCUUCUGUCGCAGCUGCCCCUGCUCCGGGGAGAAGUCCGUCGACGUCGAGGAGAGGCACUUCGAAACGAAGAGCCCGGCUCGCUCGUCUAUGGAGUCGGAUGCCACUAUAACCGCGAAGAAACAGAGCUAUCGAACAGGGGAGGUGCGUCUCAGUAGCAUCCCAGAGAGAGUGGCGGCCGAAGAACCCAAGAAUGAAUUCGAUGUCGAGGAAGUGACGAAGGUGAAGAUUACUCCGGGAAACUGGGGUAAAGAUCGGAGCUUUUUCCACGUUGCGAAUCGGUUUUCGCCGGAAAAGACCAUUCCGACCGAAAUUGGCCACCGUAUAAUGAACCCCGGGAAGUCGUUGACUGACUCAUCCGGCUUCUCCUUCCCGAUCCUCUGUCCACCAUCCUCGAACCUCGCCGAAGAGCCACCGCGGGAUUCGCUGGAAGUCUUCCGACCAACCGAUGAGUCGACGAAGAUGACGAAGAAACCGUCGGAGUUCCAACGGCGUGCGACGGUGCUGCCGUUUCCUGCCGAGCGAGACAGCCCCAGCUUCACCUACCCGGCGAGCCCAAAGCCUCAGCCGGAGGAUGACGCGGCGAGCGACGAAAGCUCGGACCUUUUCGAGAUCCAGAGCCUGUCGACCCAGAUGACGUACCGCCACCGUGAUUCCCUCGACGAGCUCGAAGGACGCCGCUUCGUUGGCAACGGCGCGGCUGCCGGGAUCCUCCAGCUCCGUCGGAGCCUCGAGGGGGCGGCAGCGCCAUCCAUCGCCCCGAGCGAGUGCUACCAGCCCAGCGAGGCGAGCGUCGAGUGGAGCGUCACGACCGCCGAGGGGUUCGACCACGCGAGCGCCGCAAACUUCUCCAGCGCUGCCUCCAACUACGACGAGUUCCGCUUCAUCGAGGAGGAGCACAACCGGUUCGCGGCGGCGAUGGGCGGCGAGCCCGCGGGACCGCGGCGGAAAGCGAACGGGCUUCUGGACUGCCGUAGCGAGAAAGCCGUCAGCGUCGGCCCAAGCCCGGUUCGUAUUCGGCCUCCGGUCGACCCGGACGUCGUGCCGCGGGUAACCAAGAUGGGGAGAGCGCAAGAACGUCUGGGCCGCCCGGUUCAGAAACAUUAGACCGGUUCGGACCGGUUUAAUCGUCCAAUUCACUUAUGUUCCUUUUUUGGGUUAAAUAUAUAUAAGUGCUUAACUUUGUGCUAUUUUGAGUUGUAUUAUAUACGUAUAAUCUUAUUGUUGCUCACAUAGGCUUAAGUCUUGAUAUAGAUGUUGUUGUGAGCAAUUGGGUCUCUGUCCCCAACAUUUUGGCUUAACGUGCAAGCAAUCUUGGCUUUCUUUUGA